ACGAAUUUCGUAACUGUCACACUUGUUAUCAAAACACAUUUUCUUGUUGAUGAGUGUUCAUUUGUGGAUAAGUGUUCUUCUGUGUAUAAAUUAAAACGUGUUGAAUUUGCUAUGCAGUAUAAAUUAUAGUUCUUGUUUCAAUGCAUGUUCAAUCGAACAUCAGAAAAGUUUAUUUUGGUAAUGGAGCAACGAAAAUGGAAGUGGACAGAUGCCCAUUUCUGCAGUUUACCCUCCCAGACAACUAUUUAUGGGUGUACAAAAAUAAUUAAUGACCACAGAGUCCAUGGCUCAAACAAACUGUUGGUAGCUGCAUCCUUAGUAGGACAGUUCUUCACUGUGGAGUAUCAGCGAAUAUUUGAUAAGCUAACGCCAUCAACGAAAGAAAUCCAUUUUACAUACAUCCCAGGAGACUCAGAGAUAGUUUCCAUUGAUGCUACCACUAUGUGUUUGCAUGGAGAUAGGCUGACCAUCGGCAUCACAUUCUGGAAGCAAGAAGACACAGAAUGUAAACAGUUCCUACACAUAUACUCUGCUGCCCAGCAAGGGGAAGAAUUCAACUUGGAAAGUGUGGCUCAGGGAUGGCAGAGUCUGGAGUUAGGGCUUCAUGCCUUUCCAUCUCACACAUACGGACAUUGUGAAGGGGGACACAUGCACUAUGCUGAUUUAUGUUGUAGCAUUGUGAAGGGGGACACAUGCACUAUGCUGAUUUAUGUUGUAGCAUUCAUUGUGAAGGGGGACACACAAGAGACAGUGUUUAUGCUGAGUGGCAGCGACAACAAAGUGCACAUGUACAGAGAGGUGAACGAUGAGCACAGCUUCAAAGAAGGAGAGACCGGAGAACACUUCCCAGAACUCGCAAACCUCCCAUCUGUGGUAAUGUGGCUGGACAUCCGUUACUAUGACAACAGCAAACGGAGAAUCACGGUGACAGGUCACCAGGACGGAUUGCUGUUGGUCUCCAUUGUCAUUGUGGAGACAUUGGAGGUAGAACACAAGUACCAUGUGGAGUUUGACAACCCUAUCACGUACGCUGUGACCUUCACCAUCACCAACAGUGUGCUCAAACCAGCUAAUAUCAGCACUCACGAUGAUUCUGAAUCAACACUGGUUCCUAGAAGACCAGAACUGAAUAUUCUGGUGCUCAGCGCUUUAGUACCUGGCACAAUAUACAGGGACGUGUUAAAGCGUGGCUUGAGGGACCAUAUCUUCCUGCCAGACAGCAACAAGUUUGAUGCCAUACUGACCGGAUGUGUUAUCGAUAUUGACUUUGAUGGGGAGAAUGAAAUACUCAUCGGAACAUAUGGUCAGGAAGUGUUAGCCUACAAACUCUCUGCAACCAAACCACACCGACUAAGAAAAUCCUCCUCCAACCCUGAGAACACUAUCGACCUCACGACCUCCCUUCCAGAGGCUCAACUGCGACGCUUUGCAGAGAAGACUGACUACGUGACGACCCAGAAACUUGAUCUCGAUUCCCGUCUCUUCAGAUCGCAAGAGGACAUUCCGUCGUCCGUGACUUCAGACAGCGACUUUUUGCCACUGUCCACGUCCAAGAACACCAUGAUACCCAACAGCCACUACUUGCCUCGGGUCCAGUCCACAAGGUCAUCGCCUUCAAAGGACGUCACGGGCGAGACGAGUUGUUGGUUGCUAUGGCAACGCAGUUUUCCGUACCCAGUGAUGGGCAUUAACUGUCUGGACAUCAUGGGGGAUGGUAUGGAGGACCUGGUGAUUGUGACCUUGAAAGGGCUCCAUAUACUGCAGCCUGACCUAGGCGAGGUUGCCAACGUGGUGCUGGAUCGUCUGCGUCUGCUUGGUGACCAACUGGAGGCCAGGGAUUAUGAGAGUUACUAUGGUCCAGACAGUUUUGAUGGAGUGGAGGAAAGGCUGACCCAGUUCCCUUUUGACAUGCCUGCCAAAGAACACAAGUCUGCAUCACUUCACAAUUGAUAUACAGUGGUCAUUAGUGGUACAUUAAAUUGUAUUUUAAUUGUUUCAAUUAUACUUUGCUGGCUACAACAGCCUAACAAUCAGACUAAUAGUGUGUCUGGCAAUCGACAGUGUCUGGAUUAUGAUAGUGAUUGUUGAUGAACGACUGCAGUUUUCAUGGUCGAGAUUGUAUAAGUGGUCCAAAUGUAUGAAACCAUUUAUUGCAAUAAAAAAUGUGCCUUGUUUUGGGAAAAGUGGGCUUAAUGCAUGUUUGUACUGUUGUCCCAGAUUAGCCUAUGCAGCUCGCACAGGGACAACACUUUCCGCUAGACUGAAUUUUCCUUAUGGACAAAUUCCAUAAAAGCAGAAAGUGUCGUCCUUGAUAAACCUGUGUGAACUGCACAGUCUUAUCACAGGCCAACACUUUACACAUACACAUUAAGCCAUGUUUUCCGACAGCCAGGCUCAUGAAAUCUUCUGUUUUGUUGAACAACAACAACACACGUUUGUAAAUGUAAAUAAAAAUCAUGGACAAAAGCAAGUGUUGACCAUUUUUAAUAUUGUAAUUUUUAUUUAUUAUAUUUGCACCUUUUAAGUGUAUGAAUGAUUUGAACGUCAAGCAGUUGUUGUUAUAGCGAUUGUAGUAAAUACAUGCAUACAUAAAAGCACAUUCUGACUUCAAAAUAUAUGUUAACAGUUCGUAUAAAUUAUUAAUAUUUGUUUCAGUAAUUGUCUUUUCAUCGACAGUUGAUUUUAUAAAUAUAAUGAUACAUUAAACCCUUUACCACUCAAAAGCAAAGUGAAAAGGCUAUGUGCAAACAUUAUAAAACCAUAACAGCCUGCGAGUAACUUGCAGUCAGUUCAGAUUUUAUGAUGUUUGCUGCUCAUCAGUAUCUAAGGGUUGGAAAUAAAGCCUUUAUAAUUUGAAUCUAGUAAGAAAGGUCUUAAAUUAAAUUUAUCUUUAUAAGGAACUACAAAGGUGUCAAAAUACUAAUCAUAGUAGUUAAGGGUUCUGCAUGAAAGACAUAUACUGAAAAUCAAGUCAAAUUGAUAAUAAAAUAUUGUUUACAUGUGCAAAAAAACGCAGAUAUUUGCAUCAGACAGCUGUAAUUUAUACUCAAUUUGCAAAUCUUAUAUGCACUGUUUGUAGUUGUAUGAUUGGCUUAGUCUAUAUAAUAUAGAUAGAUUACUGAUAAAAUAUGAUGAAGUUUG